AGCUGAACAAACCUUGAGAAGAGUCUCCUUCAAUCUGCGGUAUAGUAGUAGCCUAACUAACACACACUCAAUUACAGCCCAAUUUCGUUCUUUAUAAUCUCCUGGCACUGUCCGCAAACAACGCAAAUCUGGGGGAACAUAACGCUAUUCUUACAUAGUAACUGACGCGAAGGAGGAUACAUAAAGUGACGGAAAUUAGCUUGCAGAGCCGUGAUGUCACAGAAUUGAGGAUCCUUCAGCAAUAUGGAGUCUGGAGAGCGGCUGGCCUCCCCAUUGUCAGCCCCGUCCUCCCUGCAUAUCACCACGUCCGCGGUCUCCUCCGUCGGCUCCUCACCUGCCUCGGCCAAGACACCCUCCUCCAACGGCAGCGUCACCCCCAGCCACGCCGCUCUGGGCUCCCCUCUCACCACCUGUGGACACUUGUUCCGGGCGGUGGGCGAUCAACAUUUCAACAUGUCUACGGUCUCAAGUGCCUUUCCCAUCGUCAACCACCCAGCAUUUGGUCUGUACACUACCAGCUCAGGGCGCUCAGAGUUUGGAGGCCUGGGCUCCCUGGGGAUGUCUGCUGCCUUGGCUGCUCACUCCCAGCUAGGUGCCUUUCCAGGUAUGGCAGCUUUUCCAGUUCAAUAG